AUGGAAUGUUUUAUGUGUGGCAGUGUACACGAUGCCGAUUUAAGCAUUUGCAAUGCAACAACUAAAUACCAAAAAAUUCCAUUCACUUCAAUUUUGGACAAUUUUAUUGGUAGUGAUUGUGAAAUUGCCAUCGGGCACGAGGAUCGAAUUUGUCAGAUGUGCAAAGCGAUAUUUGAUGAAUUGGAUUUGCUACGCUAUAAAUUGGAUAACAUUGAAAAUAUUCUCACCCAUAAGCUGCAUCGAAAGUAUAAAUUCGAUAGUACCAAAGAAUUGCCGGCCAUUCGAUUAGAUGAACAAACGGCAAUUGGUUUUGUCCAUGGACAAAACGGGCACAAGUUUCAAUGUGAAAGUUGCUCUUUUUCAACGGACUUCCUCGACUGCUUAACUCCACAUAGUUUGAUGCAUCAAAAUGAACAUACUACCGCAGAUCUGCAAAUAAACGAAUUCUCAUGUAAAACGUGCCAUUUAAUUUUACUCUCAGAAUAUUCAUUCGAAGAGCAUAUGCGACUGUUUCAUUCAGAAGGAGAUGAUGAGAAAAAUCUUACAUCAGAUUUAGCUAAUGUUGAUGGAUUCAAUGAAGAUUUCGAACAUGGAAAUCAGCCAACUGUGGAAUGUGCAAAAUGCGCGAAAACAUUCGACUCUCACGAGGAAUACGUGACACAUUUGCUGAAAGCCCAUUAUGUUUGUGAUAAAUGCAAUAAAAAGUGCAAAAGUGCAAAAACACUAAUGAAUCAUAUGAAACUGCGUCACAUGGAACAUAUUUGUGAUAUUUGUGGCAAAGAGUUAGGCUCACUGGUCAGUUACCAAGCCCAUGUUACCUUGCAUAGCAAUAAGCAUAAGUUUAAUUGUUCAUACUGCAACAAGGGAUUUCGGGCGAAAUCAUUGCUUGAAACUCACAUCGUCAUUCAUACCCCAAAAGAAUUCAAUUUUACCUGCCAUAUUUGCGGUCAAAAUUUCAUACAUCAACGAUCCCAUCGGUUGCACUUGAAAUGGCAUCAAAAUCCACGGCCUUAUCAAUGUGUUCAAUGUGAAAAAUCCUAUAAGCACAGCUCACACUUGGCAAUUCAUCGGCGUACACAUUCAGGAGAACGACCAAAUGCCUGUCAGUUUUGCGAUAGACGCUUCAUUAGCUCGUCCAAACUGAAAUCCCAUUUGGCCAUUCACACCAACAUCUAUUUGCAUUCGUGUUCGAUUUGUGGGAAGGGAUACAGCAAACGAUAUAAACUGGCCCAACACAUGCUCCAUAUUCAUGAUGACAAUGAAAUGAUUUCGAACAAACCGAAGUGCGAAUACAAAUUAGUAGUUAAUCCAGAGUUUGAAGCACUCGCCCAAUAGAAUCAAUCGAUUUGAUACUUACAACGAUUUUAUGAACGAUACCAGUCCGGCUCAGCUGCAUGGAGUUAGACUAAAUAGAAUUUAAUUUAGCGAAGAUGAUUUUCGAUCGAUCGCACACACUUAAUUCAAGUGCAUACAAUCAGUUGAAUUGAU